AUUUUUUUUUUUCUUUUCUUCGUUUUGUCUCUUCUGCUCUGUUCUUCCUUAUCAUAAAGAUUUGACCUUUUUCAUGUUUGAAGAGACGAAGAAGAACAAGUUGAUGGAUUUUGGGUUUUUUCCUGGUGAUUUGAGACAACGAGGUUCUUUUACUGAUCUGGGUUUUGGUGGGUUUCCUUUAACUUCUUCUUCUUCUGUCUCUAAUGGAGGAUUUCACUUUUCCGGUGACCGUACAACAAACCCUUUUAUCAACUUUCGAAAGCUUGAUACGACGGCGUUAAUGGCGGAUGGUGGUGAUAUGGGUUUGUGUCAAAAUCUCUCUAAAAUGAGUAUCACCGAUGAAAGAAGCAGUUUUUUCAACCACUCUGGUUUUUCCGGCUAUGGAUGUUCUAGGUUUGACCAAGCUCGUGAGAGCUUUCAUGGCGAAGCCUCUGGUUUCGUUGGUUAUGGUGAUGUUCAUAGAUUCGAACAGGAUCUGAGAGUGAGAGGUCGGCGUGAAGGUUUUGCACAGAGCUUUCAUGGUGGAUCUUCUAUGAGUGGUUAUGUUGGUGAUGGUGAUUAUCAUAGACUCAGAUUGCUUGCCUCACAAGAAGCUUAUAACCCUAACCCUAGCUUUAACCAACACAGAGGUUUUACAGAGAACAACAUGUCUCUUCACAACAGAGAUUACAUGUUGGAGUUGGAGCAUUUCAAUCGACAAAUCCGACGAGACUUUUCUCUAAUUCCACAGAUAUCUCGACUAGCUUUUCAUGAAGAAAGGAUCUUUCCACCAUUUUCAGCCAUGGGAGGUUCUAGAGAGCUUGAAGGUUCUACUAAGACGUGUUUCAAGGAAGAUUCACUGGAUUUGCCUCUAGAUCUUGCUUCCAUGGUUGAUAUCUAUGGUUCUGUGUACCUAAUGGCAAAGGAUCAAUUGGGUUGUCGAUUCUUACAGAAGUUUGUGGAAGAAGGAAGAUUUGUUGAUGUAAUGAUUGUAUUCAAGGAAGUCAUUAAUCAUGUCGUUGAGCUUGGAAUUGAUCCGUUUGGUAACUAUUUUAUCCAGAAGCUUCUUGAAGUCUGCAAUGAAGAACAAAGAACUCAGAUUCUCAUUAGGUUGACUUCAAAACCUGGACUUCUUGUCAAAAUCUCCAUCAACAAUUAUGGGACACGAGUGGUGCAGAAGUUGAUUGAGACUGUGACUACAAAGGAGCAAAUCAGUCUGGUUAAGUCAGCUCUUGUACCGGGAUUUCUCUCUUUGGUUAGAGAAUUAAAUGGAAACCAUGUGAUACUAAAUUGCUUGAAAUUCUUUAGUCCUAAUGAUAACAAGUUCAUUUUAGAGGCUGCUAUUAAAUUCUGUACAGAGAUUGCGACUCAUCGCCAUGGAUGUUGUGUGCUUCAACGCUGCGUUUCAUACUCGGUUGGGGAGCAACAUGAGAAGCUUGUUGGUGAAAUAUCCAGAAACUCUCUUCUCCUUGCUCAAGACCCUUACGGGAACUAUGUGGUGCAAUACAUAAUAGAGAAGAAGGUGGGAGGAGUGAAUGUAAUGUUCGAGCUACGAGGGAAUUACGUGAAAUUGGCUACACAGAAGUUUGGUAGCCAUGUGGUGGAGAAAUGCAUCAGAUUUUAUCCCGAGAGCAGAUCUCAAAUCGUGCACGAGCUCGUCUCUGUUCCAAACUUCGAACAGCUUGUUCAAGACCCUUACGCUAACUACGUUAUCCAAUCUGCUCUAUCCAAAACCAAGGGCUUUGUCCGAGCGAGCUUGGUGGAGAAGGUACGAAGAUGUGAAAACGUCAAGAUGAGUCCAUAUUGCAAGAGGAUAUUCUCCAAGAACUUCUGGAAGAAGUGAGUUUUAGAUGUAACCCCUCACGCAAGAAAAUUGUUGUUGUUUUGCUUUAAGCAGAGAUUUGACUUACUCUUUGAUCCUUUACUAGAAGAAGAGGUCUUUUGUUGUCUCUCUCUAUCUAUGAACCUUACAAGAAGAAGAGAGCCCUUUUGUUGUCUCUGUCUUUUGUUUGGUGUUUUCUUGAUGUUGUUUGUUUUGUAGUCUUGAAACUGACCAAAUGAGUCAUGUGAUUUUUAGUAGUAAACUUGUUCUGCUUCU